GAUACUGCUGGAAUUGAUAUUCCCAUCACUAAUCCUGCAGAUAAAAGUCUCCAGCUGAGUGUGGUGCUGGAGAAUCCAUCACUUUAUGGACAAAAAUCUUUCACUGUUAAGCCCAAACAAACAUUUUUAUACCAACUGAAGUUUUCCCCAGCUGUUGUUGGCACUUCAGAUGCAAGUGUCAUAUUUGUGUCAGAUGUGGUUGGAGAGUUUUGGUAUGCACUGAAGUUGAUUGCAGAGAAACCAUUGCCAACUACUCUACCUGAAAUACAGUGCGAACUUGGAAAGUGGGCUCGUCUACACAUCCCUCUCUUUAAUUCUACACAUGAAACUCUGGAGCUAGAAAUUGUUAACAGCAAUCCUAGCAAUUUUUCAACUGAGACUGAUCCAAAACACCCUCUUAAAGAGUGGAUAUUUUAUCUUUCGGGGACUGGUCUUCCUCCUCAGAUGAUGGAACCAACCAGCAUAAGUGCAUGCAUUGGCCAGCAUUCUGCUGUCAUCAUAUCCUUCAGAAAUCCAACUCCUGAAAAUGUGCUGGUAGAUGUCAUGCUGACAGAUCAGGAGCAGUCCAUUUGUUAUCGUGGUGCAUCUGCCCUAACCAAGCCGACCAGUAAGGAAUCUGUUUUCCGUCUUCUGCUUAAACAACCACGAGGAACCCGAUUAGCUCCAAAAGAAAAACUGGACAUCCCACUGUUAUUCAUGCCAGAUACUAUGAAAAUGUAUGAGGCUGUGGUGGUAAUUCAUGUAAUGAGGGAAAACGGUGAAAACUGGCCUUAUGAGGAUUCUGCUGAAUUAAAUAAAGAGAGUGUUACUGUAGCAGAGAAUGGGGGAAUUCAGGGAAUACGCUGGGUCUAUCCGGUUCAUGGAAUACCUGAAGCACCACAGCAGAAAUUAGUUCCGGCUGUCGUACACUGUCAAGCCAGGCAGAGAGUGGAAAAAAGAGUAGAAGUGCUGCUGACUGGUGUAGUUCCUGGUGCAACUGCUAUGCCUACUGCAAGAAAAUUUUCCAUGGUCAAUACAAAUAAGCCAGCCAACAUACAAGAGGAGGUUCAAGUCACUGAUGGUUUCUCUACAACAGUGGAAUUUCUGUAUGAAUUGCAAUAUCAAUCAAAUGAAAUUAAAUCUCAGCUUGAAUCUUUAAUUGGUGUGCAUCUGGUUCGAAGAGAAAGGGAUACAGAAUCUGGAAUCAUAACACUGAUCUUUAGUGUAAUAUUUGCACCUUACAAACCAAUGAGGAAUGAAGCAACUUUAGUAGUACAGUGUGCUACAGGAGGUGUUUGGAAGUUUCCAAUGCUGUUCAUUGCUACGAGGGCAGAAGUGGACGAUGUCAUGAACAUUGAAGCAGUUGGCCUGAAUAAAGAAUCUAUAGUUGGCUUUAAGCUUACAAGCCAGACAAGAUACCCAGAGCCGUUCACUGCGCAGUUCGUGGCGGGCAGUGGUCCUGACUUCUUUGUACUGCCACAAGCUGGAGAACUUCUUCCAGCAAGCGCUGGUGGAACUCAGAUAACUGUGGGAUUCAAGCCAAGAAUGUAUGGCAAGAAGCAUACAGCAACACUUGUAAUUCAG